AUGGGCGAGAAGGAAGGCGGCAUGGAAGUGGAGGAGCUGCCCGCUGCAGCUGCAUAUCCAGGGGCUGUCGUGCCGCAGGCGGCCGCCUACCCAGGUGGGAACCUCGUUUCAGUCGCAAGUGUGAUGGAGCCAGGAGUCCAGCCAGCCGUGACUUCUCAGGAAGGGGAGGAGGAACCCAUGGAUGUCGAGCAGGAGCGGUGCUUCGCAAAGAGGUUUCCGCCACUGGCGCAGUUCCUGCAGCAGCACCAAGGGCAGCAGGCAGCCGUCGCAAGCAGCUCCGAGCCGAUGGAGGAGGAGCAACCUCUGCCAGGAGACUCCAGCAAGAGGUCCUACGCUUCGGGGAGUCACUUGAUGCACGCGGUGAAGAUGCGCCUGCUGCGGAGGCAGGCGUCCACCCCGGAGAGUUGCUCCAGCCCGGCCAGCGAGGAACAAGAGGUCACCGAAGACGACACCAGCUCGCGGGACAUGUCAGUCCAGGAGGAGUCCUCGGGAGACACACGCGACGUGAGGGGGCACUUGGGGGAGCUGAGGCUCAAACCAGCCGCGCUGAGUGUGGCGGUGUCGGUGGAUGAAGCGAUGCCGGAGAUGAUGUCCCCCAGUACUAGCAGCGACGUCUGGGCAGACAGCGGCCACCACCGCAUCUCGAUGCAGCACCACAGACAGCGGCCGCGCGCCAUCGCGGACGUGCCGUCUCCGGCCCGCAGGGUCCUGCGGCUGGCCUCGGAUUCCGACCUGGACUCCCCAGUGACCGCGUCUCCAGCACGGGUGCCGGCGCUGGCUGCGGAGGAUUCCUCCUCUCAGGACGACAGCAUGGCGGGCUCCAGGGCGCCCUCCACAGGGGACGGUCAGAGCUCCCAGGACAUGCCAGCUGACACGGAAUCUUCCCAAGAGGCCAGCGAUGAGAGGAGCGAGAUGGAGCAGGAGGAGGAGGAGGAGGAGGGGGCGGUGGCCAGCCCGUUCCCGGAUCAAGCUGAGGGCAGGGCCGAGGAUGUGGGCGUCUCCUCAGGCUCUGUGACAGCUGUCUUCCAGACAACCUUCGGCGAGGCAUCUUGCAAAGGGAUUCCGGCAGACACACCUACAGAUCAGCAGAGUCAGCGAAAAGGGUCAGAGUGUCCAGUGUGGGGAGAGGCAGCUCAGGUGGCAGACCAAGACAAAGUGGCUGCAGCCACUUUCGUACCCACAUUUCUAGCCUCUGUGACCUCCACAGCCUAUGGCAAACUGAAGCAGAAGUUAAAACACCAAGCGCAGGAAGAGUGCAGGGUGGAGGUGGCUGAGCAGCAAGUGGAGGUGACUGUGCACCGAGAAGAGGUGGCUGAGCAGCAAGUGGAGGUGACUGUGCAGCGAGCAGAGGUGGCUGAGCAGCAAGUGGAGGUGACUGUGCACCGAGCAGAGGUGGCUGAGCAGCAAGUGGAGGUGACUGUGCACCAAGCAGAGGUGACUGUGCACCAAGCAGAGGUGACUGUGCACCGAGCAGAGGUGGCUGAGCAGCAAGCGGAGGUGACUGUGCACCGAGCAGAGGUGGCUGAGCAGCAAGCGGAGGUGACUGUGCAUCGAGCAGAGGUGGCUGAGCAGCAAGCGGAGGUGACUGUGCAACGAGCAGAGGUGGCUGACCAGCAAGUGGAGGUGACUGUGCACCGAGCAGAGGUGGCUGAGCAGCAAGUGGAGCAAGUGGGUAGCACAGCGCUGAUGGAGGAUGAGAAGCAGCAUGUGGCAGAGCUAGAGAUAGAGGGACCAAUGGAGGAGGUCCCACCUGGGACAGAAGAGCAACAGGCAAGGAAACGGAAGAGCACUGAGAGCCCCUACAAGGUGACCCCAAAGAAGAGGGGGCGCAAGUGAAGGCGAUGUUCCUGCAAACAGCUGCACACCAUUUUAAGAUAUAAACAAUUUUUAAACAU